GAACAAUACUGCCAGGCACACACGAUAGUAGACUACAUUCCCAUAACAUAAUAGUAUUAUAGUAACCAGAUAUAUCACAAGUUCCUUCAGUAAGUGCAGUACAAGUGAAUUUGGGCAUCUUGCUUGAUGACAGGUCCGUCUCGAGCUCAAGUUGUUGGUGCGGCUAGUUUAAAGCAUUAUACAGAUUAGAUAAGUUGCGAAUCCGCAAGUAUGAAUAAGGCACGCGCACACUGGCUAGACCGAGACACCUUCGCAUGGGAUUACAGUGCAGAAGGCGGCGAACAAGUAUUCUUGGUCUACAAAUCAGAGGGUGGGUUGAGUGAGGAGAGUGCACUACGUGACGGCACAACCAUAGAACUGGAACGCGUGGGGGAGGGACUGAGCGGUUCUUUGCGCGAGAAGUCUCCGCACUUGCGGGAGUAUGCUGUGUAUCGUUUGCGGGAGGAGCACUCCGCCGCGGUUCUGGAGAUCCUACAGUCUCAGAUCAUUCUAGUGGCCGCAAAGGGAAAUACCGUGAUUAAAAGCACCGGCGUGCAGAUACCGGGUGUUCUGGAUGACCUUUACGCCUACCACGGAACCCUCGGGGCAGUAGUACGCGAAGACGGCUCAGUGCAGCUCAGCGUAUGGGCCCCAACAGCCAAGAGUGUGUCAGUGGUCGCUCUCACAGACGUGCAUGGGCGCGUCGCACAAAAUGAGGAGUACGUGCACUACACAGAUAGUUCUGUAGAACAUGAACACGCAGUGGUCUCGCAGUUGUAUCGAUCGCCAGGGAAUGCUGGUGUGUGGGAGCUCGAUGCGGCUGAAGCAGAACACGGUAAAACCCACCUUCAAGCGGGGACAAAGUACAAGUAUCGCGUAGAAGUAUAUGACAGACUAAGUGGCAGCAUACGGUGCUGCGAUGUAACCGACCCCUACUCUCGAGCACUCACAACCGAUAGCACGUGGUCCGUGGCGGUCGAUCUGGUAAACCCGGUUCUCAAACCCGACGGCUGGGAUGAAUUGGUGCAUGAGAAGCCGCCACUCGAGCACUUCGUCGAUAUGGUGUUAUACGAGUUACACGUGCGUGACUUCAGUAUUAACGAUCAAACUGUGAGUGAAGACAAACGGGGCAAGUACACCGCAUUCACUGAGGCCAGCAGUAACGGGGUUGCCCACUUAAAGGCCCUUUCCCAGGCCGGACUCACCCACGUGCACCUGUUGCCAGUGUUUGACAUAGCGAGUGUGCCUGAAGACCCCAGCGCUCGCAUUGAGCCGUCUAUACCCACUGAUGCAGGCACGGCAUCACAUCUACAGGCGGAGGCAGUACGUAAAGUGCAAGAUGUGGAUUCCUUCAAUUGGGGUUACGAUCCAUGGCACUAUGCAGUGCCCGAGGGGAGCUACGCCGUCAGUCCCAACGGCCCCAUGCGCACGCUUGAGUUCAGGCACAUGGUACAAAGCCUUAAUCGAAUGGGUUUACGCGUGGUCAUGGAUGUAGUGUACAAUCACACCUUUGCCUCGGGAUUCAUCAAGCAGGCUGAGUACUCAGUGUUCGAUAAGAUAGUCCCUGGGUAUUACUACCGUUUGGAUAUGGACGGAGAUGUGGAGGAAAGCACGUGCAUGAACAACACAGCCUCGGAACACGCCAUGAUGGAGAAGCUCAUGCUCGACUCACUCAGGGUCUGGGCCACACACUACAAGGUAGAUGGCUUCAGAUUCGACCUGAUGGGACAUCAUAUGAAGGAUACCAUGCUCAAGAUCCGGACGAUGCUGGAUGGUAUAGACCCCACCAUCUGCAUGUAUGGUGAAGGUUGGGACUUUGGAGAGGUGGCUCACAAUGCCCGUGGGGUCAACGCUACUCAGCACAACAUGGCUGGCACAGGCAUAGGCACGUUCAAUGACCGCGUACGGGAUGCCGUGCGAGGCGGAGGGGCGUUUGACAGUGGACAGUCGCUUGUUACCAACCAGGGCUUCUGCAACGGGUUGUAUGUGCGGCCGAAUGAGAACAACCACGGAUCACCCGAGGAAAAGGCGGCCCUUCUCCAGAACUCAGACAUCAUCCGGGUAGCGCUGGCUGCCAAUUUAGCAGACUAUACAUUAGAAGCUGCCGAUGGGACUGUAAAGCGCGGACAAGACAUCGACUACAAAGGGUCUCCCGCAGGUUACAACCAGAGCCCCCGCGAGCACAUCGCAUAUGUGAGUGCCCAUGACAACCAGACUCUGUAUGACAACAACGUGUACAAGUUACGGAAGGACUGCCCCAUGCGUGAACGUGUUGCAACUCAACAGUUGGCGGUGGAUAUACCGUUGAUGUGUCAAGGGGUGCCCUUCUUGCACGCAGGCUGUGAGAUGUUACGCUCAAAGUCGCUGGAGAGAGAUUCGUACAACAGCGGUGACUGGUUUAAUAGGCUAUACUUUGACCACAGUCACAAUAACUUCGGUAUUGGGUUACCCGUAGAGCCGGGUGGUGACGAGUCGAUCAUGGUACCGUUAUUACAGAAUGCGUCGUUUAUACCAAACAAGUCUGAUAUAACAGAAAUGGUGGGGCAUGUAGGUAUGAUGUUGCAAAUCCGGCAGAGCUCGCGACUAUUUCGACUGAACACGCGUGACGAAGUGCUUGAACGCGUUAGGUUCCAUAAUACCGGGGCUCGUCAGAUACCCGGAGUGGUGGUAAUGAGCAUCUCCGAUAAGACGGUAACUGAAGCAUUCGAUUGGAGGGCGGCAGAGACAAACGCACCCUUAUCACCCUUACACCUAUAUCUGCGUGCAAAUCAACUUAAGCUGGACACACAAGUGCCUCUGGAGGACUUAGACCCUGAACGAGAAUUAGUUAUAGUAUGUCUGAACGCGACUGCCACACAGCAUAGAGUGCGGCUGCGAGGGCAUGAUGCCGACGAGACUUUGCUGAGGUUACAACCGCAUAGUUUAAUGCAGGAGCGUGUGAUUGAACGAAUCAGCACGCAGGUAGAUGGCACGCCUAGCACACCAACUAAUCAGCAAGCGCAGGAUUCUGUUCAAUGGUGUAGGAAGACAACAGAUGGACGAGCUUAUGAGCUACUGGUACCGCCGUUGGGAACCACGGUGUUCGAACUGCCCCAGAAAUGAUAGUUUCGCUUGCGUUAUCCAAGCGUUAAGUUAUAAAUCUAAGU